AUGCGGAUAAAUGAUUUUUUUACGAAGAACUGGUAUCAAAUUUUCUUUUUCAUUGUUUUGAUAGAAUGCGAAAAUCUAUUUCAAGUUAACGGGGACAGUAAAGCAGAAAAGAAAGAUUCGACCGCUUCGGUAUCGGAAACAAAUAAAGUUAUUUGCUGUGCUAGACAUGAGAAACUUGUCAGCGUUGGUGUCGGAAUUUCGGGAGAAACAAUUAAAGUUGAUGCUGGAUAUUGUAAAAAUUACUGCCCUCGACAAUUUUACGACGAUCCAGGAGAUCCUAGCAGACCAGCGGUGACGAAAUGCAAACCAAAUACGAAUUGCCGUCCGAGAACUUCCCGCAUAGACAGAGUGUCGACGAUCAAAGGAUUUCAGUCGGUCGAAGUAGUCGAAACUUGCGACUGCCUGCCAGUUCACACGUGUCGUCGAGAUCCUUAUUCUCAAAUUCUACAUGUUGGAACUCCGUAUCAAGUAGAAAUCGAUGUUGGUGUUUGUGUGGGUUGGUGCAAAACGAAUAGCUGUAGGGCAUCAAGGAAUGCUUCAAUAAGUGUUCGAGGGCCUAAUGGAGAAGAAGUAUAUCAAAUAAUAGAUAGAUGCAGUUGUGCCAGUAGUUGUUACAGAAUGGAUCACAUAGAAACAAUUUUGGAUUUCAGCAGGAUAGAAAUAAAAGAUAACAUGAAGAUAGCAGACGUUAGACCGAAUGUCAAGGAAAUCAAUGUUGGUAAAUGCAUUGGGAAAUGCAGUAACAGUACAACAGAAUCGUGCCUUCUACGAGACAAGCGAAAUCCACUCAAAUGUUUGGCAGGUCUUUACAAGGAAAAUAAUUGCAUUCCGGUCAAAUUUCGAGUUCACGAGUAUCGAACUCGACGAGGAUUGAAGCGGGAGAUCAUACAAAUUGCUCAAUGUGCUUGCGUAUGAUUUCGCUGAAGGGCAUCGAAUUCUGAAGAAAAAAUGGAAAUUAUUUUCAGGACUUAUAACAGUAG